AAUAGGUAGGAGGUGAAGCCACGCACCAAUGUUACGAGUAUUCCAACGCAAUAUUUUCAGCACAAGAAGUAGCAGGGCCGCUUCCAAGGCCCUCAGGACAUAGCUAGCAUUGAUCAUACGCAAAAGGGUACCAAACCCCCCACAUCAUAACUGUUCAUUAUUACAUACGUGUGCCGAGUCCGCUGUGCUGGUGGCAAGUGGCACAACAGGUUGAUGACGCAGCCUUCUUUGACACCAAGGCCCUAAAGGCCUGCCGGGCGAAAAAGAUGGAGGCCCCGGUCUUGGGGGCCCAGACCCUUUCCCAAGAUGGAAUGUAUGGGAGCCGCAGGUCUAGGCUGCAGAAAAUUGAAAGCAAACUUUCUGCGCACAUGGACUCCGAGGACAGGCGUGUGAAGGAACUGACAGAGGGGAUACUUUACGACUUUCUUCCAGCUGCAUUAAACGUAAUGCUUCCGCGCUGCGAGGAUAUGCUGCAGGAGCUGGACGCGGAUCGCUGCCGGGCGGUGGCGAGCGCAGCACUGGCGGUGUCCGCGCUCAUGAACGCACCACCGGGGUUCCUCGAGUUCCUGCUGUGCGUGCCGUGGCGAAAGCUGUCGCAGCUUUACCCAAAGUCGGAUCCAAUCGACAAGCUGGUUUCAAACCUGCAAGUGACAGAUGAGGAGCGGCGCAAGCUGGUCAACACGCGGAUCGACCCCGCGCUCAUGGGUGCCGUGCUGGACUUCCUCUACAAGGAGAAGCACGCGGACAGUGUGCCGCCCAUGCUGCAGCUGACGCCGGUUAACCCGCUGCAGCCGGAUGACAAGUCCGCGCCCAUCGUGGGUCGCGAGACGGUGGCUGCGCUCCUGGACGGCGCCACGCCGCUGCACUGCGCCGCCCUGCGCGGCAACCCCGCCCAGGUGGACCACCUGCUGUACUGCGGGGCGGACCCCACCCUCAAGACGGCGGCAGGGGAGCUGCCCAUCGAGCUGGUGCCCGUGUGCGGGGACCGAGUGCCAGCGGGUGCGGGGGCUGGGUCGGCUGCGGCGCCCGCCUCCUCCUCGGCAGCAGCAGCCGCGGCCUCGGCUGCCACGUCGAGCUGCUGUAAUGGCAGCAUCGGUGGUGGCAGUGGCGGCAGCGGCAGCAACAGUAACAGCUCCGGAGCGGCAUGCGGAGGUGGCAUGCAGCAGCAACAGGGGUCCCAGCAGCAGGGACAGCAGGGGCAGCACAGGACGGUGUGCAGGUGCAUGGGGCCGCACGACCAGGAGGUGUGGGAGUGCCGCAGCCGGCUGGCUCGCAGUCUCAUUGCGCGGCGGUGCUUCUUCAGCUUUGGUGUGGGGCUGUUCUCGUGGCUGCGGCUGGUGGUGUUUUGCCUGCUGUGUCUGCUGGGCCAGGCGGGGUGCUACACCAGCGUUAGCAGGCCUGUCGUGGAGCGGCACAUAGAGACGCGGCGGCAGCAGAAGAUCGCAGCCGCGCGCGCAAGAGCUCAUGCGCUGGUCACCCGCAUGCGCUCCGAAGCCGCAGCGGGGCACGAACACCUAGCGCAGGCCAAGCGGGAGUGCAUGGCGUCGCCUGCAUUCCAGAAAGGCCCCCCAGAUAUAUCGCAAAUGUGCUUCACGGAAUCCUCCUACUCGAACAAGUCGCCGCCACCGCCGCCGCCGCAGAUUAGUCAGCUAAACGAUAUAAACUUUCACUUACAGGAGAGCGGCACCAGCAGCAGUGGCGAGGAGCUCCCCUCCGAAAAGGCCUUCAAGUGCUUUGUUCGCAGUGUGCAUGCGCUGCAGUCACUGGACCUGCAUGGAGACACGGUGCCGCAGGUGUUUGCCGAGCUGGUGGGGGCGGGCGGUGCGGAGAGCCGGGAGACGCAUGUGCUGGAGGACGAGCAGGCGGACCUCUACUCCUGCUGGGCUGAGAGCGUGCUGCUCAAGUUCCGGGGCUGCACCUGCCCCGGCUGCGCGGCACUCGCGGUGCAGGCGGUCCGCAUGGCGCACAUCCAGGCCACCCGCCUGUUCGGCAAGGUGGACCGCGUGAAGCAGUCGCAGCCGGAGCGCUGGCGGGCGGUGGGGCAGGCGCUGGCGCGGGUGGUGUACGUGCAUGUGUGCCUGCUGCUGGAGACGGAGGCGCAGUCGCCGCCCACCCGCUCGCUGGUGUGGCGGGCGGAGCAGUGCCUGCGGGAGUGGGACCGGCUGGAGCGGGCGGGGCUGACGGCGGGGGCGGGGGUGCUGGACCCGCGGCAUGUGGCAGCGUUGCAGCGGUGGGCCAAGACGGCGGACGCGGACCUCUACCUCGCGGAGGCCCUGCACGGGCAGCCCCUGCCGCCCAGCAAGACCCUGCAGGAAGUAGUCCAGGCAGCCGUCACAUACACCCCCGACGGCCUACCCAUCCUGGCUCGUCCCGUCAGUCCUGACGUGGUUUCGGCGCUGGAUCAGGCGCUCACCCUCGCCUCCCUGCCCAGCUCCCUCCUAGCCCACAUUGUUCGCAGCGUGCUGGCCAACGCUGCGGCCGAGCUGGCAGCAGCCGCCAGGCUUCGGGAGCUCGUAAGCGCCAAGGGCGCCGCCGCCGCCGCGGCGGUGGCGGUUGGCGGCGGCGGAGGAGGUACGAAUGACGCCGUGGCGGCGCUUUCGGAGGCCCUGCGUGCAGCUGAGCCCUUUCGCAGCCGGCUGGGUCCGGAGUACGAGGCGGCGGAGGAGUUGCGGAACAAGUGGAUUCAGCGGGCGACGGCGGUUGAGAAGCUGGAGGCGGCGGUUGAGGAGGUCCGAUCGUACACGGUGGCUCGUCCGCUGAGCUUUUCGCUGGCGGCAGCGGCGGCUGCAGGGGUGUUAUCGUCCGCGGGGAUACGAUCUGGCGCCGGCGGUGGUGCCGGCAGCGGAGAGGCAGCAGUUGGAGGGUCGCCUGGGGCAGCGUCGGGGGCGGGCUCUGGUGGUGAAGGCGGGGGAGGAGGGCGAGGGGGAGGGGGGCCGUCGAAUGAAGGGCCCUCGUCGGCGCCGGAUUUUAUCGAGUGGGAGCGGCGGAUGAAGCAGCUGGAGCAAGCAAUGAACGAAGCAAAAGACGCCAAUGUUAGCGUCACAAAGGCCAAACGCCUUUUCAAGGAAAUGGCAGCCGUGGCAGCCGCCGCGGAGGCGUCCAGGCAGCUGGAGGCCGUCAUGGCGCGAAGACCCUCGGGCCCACAGCAGCUCAAACUGGCCCUAAACAAGGCGGAAGCCGCUGCCAGCUCGCUUAGCGGCAUGGUGGGUGGCGGGACGCCGGUGCCGGGCUUGGUGGAGGUGCUGGGGCCGUUGGUGGCGUCGGCGAGGAGGCGACUGGACACGGAAAGGGCAGCGGAGGCGCUGUCCAAGGCGGCUGCGUCGUACCGCACGCUGGCUGAUUUGGGUCGUCUGGAAGCGGCGAUUUAUAAUGCGAAAAAGAUCGGCGCUGAGGAGCUGGACCCCGAGUCCUACCGCACCUCCCUGGAGCUGAGGUCGCAGCUGCAGGAGGCGGCGCGGGUGCGGGGGGCGCUGGAGGGCGCGCUGCGGGCGCUGCAGAGCCACUGUCGGGGGGAGGACGCGGAGGGGCUGGAGCGGGCGCUGCAGGAUGCCAGCCGCUGGGAGGAGCUCUUGUCCGCCGACAUGGCCCGAGCUCGCAAGGCGCUGGAGCAGUGGCGCAACAUGACGCUGUGCGAGGCCAAACUGACCCGGCUGCUGCGGGAGGGGACCACCACGGGUGCGCUAGCACGCGCAAUACAGGAGGCAGCAGCUGCUGGCGUCAAGGUACAGCAGGCGAAGCGCGUUCUGAAGCUCAUGCAGGCGCUAGAGACGGCGCUGGGGGGCAGCGGCGGCGCAGCCGCCGCCGCCUCAGGCGGCGGCGGCAGUGCCGGCGGCUUCGCCGCCGGCGUCGCCUGUGGCGACAUCGGCGGCGGCGGCUCCGCCGCCGACCGCUACUCGCUCGUCAAGUCGCGUCUCGACGCGGCGGAACAGGGCGGCGUCACUCAGGGCCCAUUGGUGGAGGCGGCUCGCCGUACAUUGGCGCGACUGGCGGCGCUAACGGCACGCGAGGCGCUGGAGGCGGCGCUGAAGCCGCACUCGGAUAAUCGGUCGGUAGCACAGCGGAUCGAUACGCUACGGGAGGCGUUGGAGCGGGCGGAGGAGAUCAUGGGUGCUGCUGCUGUAGGCGGCAACAGCAGCAGCUGUAGCAGCAGCACAAGUGUGGAUGGUGGAGAUGGUAGCGGUGGCGGCGGCAGCAGCAAUCGUGCACAGCAGUUGCCACAACCGCAACCUCCGCAGCAGCCGCCGCCGCAGCAGCAGCAGCCCAAGUUGGGGAAUGGGUCGGCAGCGGGUAAAACGUCACGAGGCAAGCGCAGUAGCGGCGGCAGCAGCACCAACAGCAAUAGCGGCGGCGGUGCUGGCGCUACAGCUGCGAGUACGACAGACGCUGUUGGCGAGGGUACGGCAACUGCAGCAGCCGUGCCGCCGCAAGACGACGCAGCGGCCUCGUCGCUGUCGUCUUCGGCGCCGUCAGGCGUAGCUAGUAGCAAUAGCAGUGUGACGAGCAGUACCGGAACUGCUGCCAGCAGCAGCAGUAGUAGCAGUAGCAGCGGCAGUAGCAGCAGCAGUGGUGGGACGAGUGCGUCUGGGGCCGCGGAGGAUGAGGUGGUCGUUGCGGUACGGCACCUGAUCCGGCGGGCUCGUCAGGUGUUGGCGGAGGAUGAGGCGGAGCUGGCUCGAGUGGAGAGGGAGCGGCAGGAGGCGGAGCGGGCGCGGCGGGAGGCGCAGGAGCGGGAGCGGCAGGAGAGACUGCGGCUGGAGCAGGAGCGGCAGAAGCGAGAGAAGGCCGAAGCAGCGGAGCGUGAGAGAGCCCUAGCUGAGAAGCGUGAGCGAGCAAGGGCGGAGAAGACACGUCAGCAGCAACAACAGCAGCAGCAUAGGAACGGCGGCAAGUCAGCUGCCGCUGGCAGUGAAUUUGCCUCAUCUGCCGCAUCCGAUAAAGGCGGCAGUAACGCCAACGGAGGCGGCAAGGGUGGCGGUAGCGGCAAGGGUACGGCAGCCAAGGCGGCCACAAAUUCCGCUGCACCUGCGGUUGCAGCAGCUGCCGCUGCUGCCGCGCCGGCUAGUAAGGGCAGCGCUGACAAGGCCUCCCGCGACAACAACACCCCAUCCCCCCCAGCCUCCGCACCCCAUGCGGCUCAAGCCCACCACCAACAGCAGCAGCAGGGCGGCCCCAGCUCAGCCCACCAGCCACAGCCCCCAGGCACCGGAGGUCCGGGACACCGCUCCCCCGCACGGCCGCCGCCUGCCUCUUCCCCGUCCUCCUCCCAGCCUCCCUCGGCCGGCCCGGCCUCCACAGCUCCCGCGUCCGCAGCAGCAAUAGCAGUAGCACGUGCGUCUACUGGUGCUGCUGCGGCUGGGGUAACUCCUAGGGUGCCCAUUCCGAUCCCAACGGAGCCGUCAGGUCCAGGUCACAUGCAUGGUUCCCAGCAGCCCCCUGCAUUGCACUCUGCAUUGCCGCCGCCGGCUAGCGAGGGCACCCCAGGUAGCGCCGCCGCAACGCAUGGCACUGAUGUCGCUGCGGGCGCUGCAUCAUCCGCAUGCGAGUCGCAGCCUUCGCUGCCGCCGCCGGCUGCUGCUGCAACGGCGGCUGCGUCGUCGUCAGCUCUUGCAAUGGCGGCGGUCGUACGCUCCGCUGUCGUACACACACGCAACGAUUCUGUGGAUAGCCUUGGAGAGGUUGUGCACAACUUGAAUCGCGACGUUAUCAACGCCCUGGACUUGGACGGUGAGGUCAUCGCAGCGCCCGCAUCACAGCUACAGCAGCAACAACAGUUCUUGUUGCAGGACUAUGCGCAGUCUCGUAUCGGCGGUGUUAACGGCGGUGCCGGAGGCAACGGUACUAACGGGGCCCUUAUUGGUUGCUACGUUGCCGGCAGCGGCGCCGUAGCCGGCGGCGGCGGCAGUAGCAGCGGCGGUGUCAUUUUCGAGCGUGCGGGUUCCGGUGCUGCUGCCUUACUCCGUGCGGACGCAGCAUUAGGCGGGUUGAUGGACCGAGCCGCAAGCCAGCGCACCUCUUCCAUAAUGAGCUCAGUCGCCUCGGCUGAUGACAUCAUUCUACAGAGCGCCGGCGGCUCUGGGACGGCGGCCGGCGGCGGCGGCAGCGGUGCCAUGACGGGGUUUGGUGGUCCUGCUGGUGCCAUGACGGGGUUUGGCAGGAUGUGUGGUACGGCAUCCUUGUCGACCAUAUCCUCUGGCCACGCCGCCGGUGGCACUGUUGCCACGGCACUGUCUGACACCGCGCCAGCAGCGGCAUCUGAUGGUAGCAGCGGCGUGGCGAGCAGUGGAGGUAGCGGCGGCGGCGCCGCUCCGGCGGCGGCGGCUAAGCCCCGCUUCGGCUUUGUGGACCUCGGCGGAGCCAGUUGGGGCCUGGAUAGCCCGCUUCUGUCCUCCUCUGGCCCCUCUGCGGCGCUCUUCCCCUCACUGCAGACUCCCAUGUCCCAUGAGUAUGGCUCAAUGAUGGGACCCAACGCUGGCGGCGGCGCAGCCCUGAAGUCUGACGGCAGCGGCGGAGUCGUCGCUGGCGGCUGGGGGACGGUGGCGCCGGCGAUGUCGCCACCGGCGGCGGCGUCGGGACUGGUCAACGGACCCCCUGGCGGUAGCGGCGCUGCUGGCACGAUGCCCUUCCCCGGAGGUCAUGCUGGUGGGGCGUUCGGCGGAAUGCCUAUCGGAGGCGGUGCUGGCGGUGGUGGUGGCGGCAGCAGCUUGUCUGCUGACGGUGCCGCCUCAGCCCUCAUGAGCAUGGGUGGCCGGCACGGUCAGCAGGUGUUGAUGCAUCAUGCCUCCACAGGUUCCAUGCAAGCCGCACCCAUGCAAGCUGGAGGCCUGCAUGUGGGCCUGCACGUCCAUGGUGGCGCAGGGGACAACUCUAUGUCGGCGCUGGCGGCGGCGGCAGCGGGCGUGUUGGGUUCCCCGCGUACGUCCAUGGGAACGGCCGCUAGCGUCGGGGCAAAUGGCCAUGGGCUGCUGCAUGUACGACAGUUGGGCAGUGGUGGCAUGCCAGGCGGCAACGGUCAACCACCAGGCCUGUCGCCGCCGUUGAUGGGAAACAGCAUGGCAACGGUCAUGCCUGGUAGCGGCAACCGACACAGCCUACAGCUUCAGCAGGCUGGGUCCAUGCAACACCAACAGCAGCAGCAACAACAACACCUGCAAACGCAGGUCAGUGGUGGUAUGCUGGGUCGUACUAGCUUUUGGACGCCCCCUUCCUUCCAGCCUCAGCAGCAGCAGCAACAGCACAUGGAGGCCGUCGCUGGUGAUGCUGGCGGCGGCGGUGGCGGCGCCAGCAACGGUCUGGCAUGCAGUCCGCCUAGGCAGGCUGGCGGUGUAGGCAGCGGCGUGCUGCAAACCCUAGAUUGGCAGGGUCACCCGGCCGACAUGACGGGAGGUCUGCAGUUGCUGCAGCUACAGCUCGCAGCCAGCGGCGGCGGCGGCGCGGGAGUAGUGACAAGCCACCGUGCGGUGGGCGCUGCCGCGUCGAAUGCCGCAUCUGCCGCUGCUGCAGCAGCGGCUGGGAAC